GAGGUAACGGUGACCACAUCCUGAAAGCGAUUAACACUCCUGGACCCUUGCACUAACAGUGCUUGCUUGCUGUGACUAGGGGCUGACCUCGAGGUGUUUUACAGAGCAGCAGCAAAAAAUCCACUUGCGUCGGGAUAAAUUUCUGCAGAUUCUAGAAGCCUGGUGGACAAUAGAUUUAUUCCCAUCAUCAAAUGAUGGGAUAGAAAGCUGUACUAAAGCGUCGACCAUUUCCAAAUCUGCUCAGUCAGGGGACACUAUAAGAGUCUACCACCGACAUAUGCUGCAUCUGUUCUUUACUGUGCACGAGAAAACCUGCAAGCUGCUCAAAUGGCUCUUGGACCCGCUGAAGUAACACAUGGACCAAUGUUCGUGGGCACGGUGUUGAUGCUCGCGUUGUAUGGCAUAAUGGUCACCCAGGCUUAUCUAUACUUCACCACGUACACGAAGGAUCGAAAAUGGAUGAAGUUCUAUGUUUUUAUUCUGUUUAUCGCAGUAACUCUGAAAGUUAUUUUCAACAUCAUCUACCUCUACGAUGCGUUGAUAAUUCAUUAUGAUGACCCGGUAUAUUUGCAAAGUGCCACGUUGAUGUUUAACACAGACCCAGCAAUGACGGGUAUAAUAUCAACAUACGUUCAAUGUUUCUUUGCUUGGAGGGUCGGGGUGAUCACUACGAAACGUUGGCUCGGUGGACUGAUCGUCAUGCUAUCCUUCAUCGGAGGACUAUCGGCCAUCGCUUCUGCUGUCGCAGCUGGUUACAUUCCGGUCUUUACAAGCUUUCAGAAAUUCCAAGCCGCUGUGAUUCUUUGGCUCGGAGGGUCUGUUUUAAGUGACAUCUUCAUCACAGUGUUACUCGUCUGGCAUUUAAAUCGUCGAAAGACAGGAUUUUCCACGACAGAUGAUAUCGUCAAUCGCAUCAUUAGAUUGACGAUUCAGACCGGAAUGAUCACCACCAUCUUCGCAUUCAUCGAUUUAAUUUUAUUCGUGACGGAUCCCACCGGGCUCCAUCUCAUCUUCAACUUCCCUCUUUGUGUUUUAUACGCAAAUUCCUUAAUGUCGACUCUGAACUCGCGAGGAAGUUGGCGGUUCGUCCAGAACAAAGAAGGAUUAAGUUCCUCCGGGCAGCAAACUUCAGCUAUUGUUAGACCAGGAGGAGCAAAUACAAAUGUCGUGCAUUUGAAGACGAGACCAGAAGUCUUCGUUCAAGUCGAAUCACACCAAAUGGUGGACGUAGCUGACAGCAAGGGCGACCUCUUCUCUGACGAUAUCCCCAAAAUCCGGGACAGCACCAACUCCUCUGCCAUUUCGCAUGUAUAAUUAAGGAAGUGAUACAUAGCAUUGUUUAAGUUUAUCUUUCACUGACGUUUUCGAGUCUUUUCGCCAAAAGACCAUCCCAUCUUU